CCUGGACAAGAUGGCUUUCAUUAAAGCCAUGAGGAAUAAUCUGAGCAAUGUGUCAGAUGAUAUGCUAGAGGCGCUGUUUUUGAAGAUGGACACAGACGGCACUGGCUUAAUCACCUGGUCGAACUGUGUGGAUUAUAUGAUGCACGAGUUCCAGGGAAAGGAGUUGAUGAGGAAGAGCCAGUACCACCUGCACUUCCACCUGCCCAUGAAGAUCAUCCCCAUGAAUCACGGGUGUGAGGUUGUGAAAGUGGCGUUUUUAAUGCAGCGGUUCAAGAAGGUUGGGCAUUUUCUGACUGUCACUAAGGACGGGAACCUGCAGUUCUGGUCAGAGUCCUUCUCUCUGAUCAGCUCCUUUAAGCUUAACCAGAUACAGCCGCUCUACAACCAGCAGAUGUGGGUCAUCGACAUGGUAUGUCUCCACAACAUGAACCUAGUUGCGAUUGCGUCCACUGACCAGAAGAUAGAGUUCUUUGAUGUUAGUAAUCGUAACUGUACCCGGGCCUUCACCUUCAUCGAACUGGACAGCUGCCCUCUGGUUAUGGACUACUGGUCUGACUAUCACAGAGGCGUGUUCUGCUUCGGAGACACCAAAGGCAACGUCAUCGUCUUCAUCUCCGACAAUGUGGCCAAUGGGCUGUUCAACCCCCGAAUCCUCCCCAGGACCUCCAAGUGGGAUCACUGGACCAAUAUUUCCAUACAGAAGCUCUUAAACGAGAAGUCCCCUUUGUAUAAAAGUUACCGACUGAAGGCUCUCCAUCAUAACUGGUGUCAGCAGGUCCGGUUCAUCCCCGAGAUGAACCUGGUGGCCUCCUGCUCAGCCAUCAAGAAGUCCUCUUUGGUGCUGACAGUAUUGCCAUCCAAAGCCUCCGAGACUACCAGGUUUUCGGUGCUGAAUGUAAGAAAAGGAAUUCUUUGCUUUGAUUACUGCGCAGAGAAGAACUUCCUGGUGACUGGGGGCUAUAACCCCCAUAUCCGCCUGUGGAGCCCCCACUACUCGAAAAAGCCUGUGUGGCUGUUGAAGGGGCAUCAGACCUCGGUGACGCACAUCCUGGUGAACACCAAGAACAACAACAUCCUCAUCAGCAUCUCCAAGGACAAGAAUAUCCGCGUGUGGGACCUGCAGGAGUAUGUAUGCCUCCAGUCCUUCUGUGGCAGGCUUUUUGCCCUGGGAAACUGUCCUAUCACCAGCAUCUACCUCCGGGAGAAUGACAACACCCUCAUCUGCAGCACCUAUUCAAUUGGGAUCCUAAAAGGGUCCAUGGAGACCGAGGAGCCUGGGAAAACCGGGGAGAAGACCACGACUUACAGCGCGCCCCUGUGUGCUGUCCUCUACAGCAAGGUUUUUAAGCAGGUGGUGAGUGGCUGUGUGACCGGCGUGGUGAGUGUGUGGGAGAUCGUCACAGGCAAGAGGAUGAUGGAGUUCUCUGUGAGUCGUGACCAGCAAAUGGAGCUGACUGCCAUGUCCCUGGAUGAGCCUGAGCGGUGCCUGCUCACGGGUUCACGUGAUGGCACUGUAAAGAUGUGGAACUACAGCACUGGGGAAUCCCUGCUCACCUUCCCCAACCCUGACCAGCUGGAGAUUAGUGGGAUUAUCCAUAUGAAUAACAUGUUCUACGUGACCGGGUGGAAUAAGAGAAUCACCUGUUACAAGUUCCACAAGACCAAGUCGGUGCUCUUGUGCAACCACUGGCAGACCUUCCACACCGAGGAUAUCCUGAGUGUGGCCAAGUACCAGAACCAGUUCCUCGGGACCGCCUCCUACAACGGGGACAUCCUCUUCUGGAACGUCAAUAUGCUCAAGCCCAUCCUCAAAUUCAACGCCUCUCAGAGCCCCGCACCCUUGCUGCCUACGAAGGUGCAAAGAGACGGCGAGAGCUUAAUUGAGGGCCAAAGGACCAGCAAUCCCUGUGUGGAGCCAAAGAAGUGGGCACGCAAAUCUUCCGUGCAUCCUCUGGACCACAGCACCAAGACUGGGUCCAACACCAAACUGAGGCAGAGCCUGGUGUCAGCCCCCCCUGUGAUGAGACACCCCAGCACCAAGGAGUCAGAGGAGCCUGAGCUCAUGAAGAAACCACACAGUGUUGGCAGCAUCAAGCUCUUAAGAAUGUAUUAUGAGAGGCAGUCCCUCCAACAAGAGACUGAAAGGACAAAAGGGGAAUUGCAGAAGAGGGAGUUCCAGCAGUCCAAUGCAUCGGUGGAGAAGAUAAUCUUCCUGCAAAGCAGACCUCGCCUGCCACAGAUGGCUGCCCUGCUGAGCAGCUGCAUUGACGGCUACAUCUACGCCUGGUCCAUCUAUGGGUACGGAGGCCUGCUGGGGAAGUUCCGCGUGGACUCUGGAGGCCUCGGAGACGUGGUCGUGGGUGCCAUGGCCACUGACGAAAAUGACUGCAUUCUUGUCACGGGGGAUAGUAAAGGGUUCAUCAAGAUCUGGGACAUCGAUGAUUACUGCACAGUCACUGAUGGGCAGUCAUCUCAACCCAGUGGAAUAAACAAGUUCCAGUUCUUAAUUCCUAAACUGAUCCAGACCAACAUCGAAUACAACAUCCCCUCGGACAAGAAGGAGGUCGUGGAUGGCCAGACCAUUUCCCUGGCUCCCCCCAUGCUUCUGGCGACCUGGAAGGGCCAUUUGGAUAGUGUGGCAGACAUCCUGUAUGUGGACAGCUAUGAGUUGGUGAUUAGUGCUGGCCACGACCGGGACAUCAAGGCUUGGAGACUCUCUGGCGAUGCCAUUGAUGUUACGGCUUCCAGCAAGGCGUUGUCCUUAAUGUUACUGUAA